AGCGCGAAGUACACCAUGACGUGUGUCGACUCAAGUUCGUCAGACUUCUGUGUUUCUAAAUCGUGUAGUCACUGUAGGAAGCUAGCGGCCAUUGAGGAAAACCUACAGAGCUAGCCAGUUUGCCGGUGACAGGACCCUACCACAACAAACUCACCAUGUCUAUUAUGUCCUAUAACGGCGGGGCCGUCAUGGCCAUGCGGGGGAAGAACUGCGUGGCCAUCGCAUCAGAUAGGAGGUUUGGCAUUCAGGCCCAGAUGGUCACCACAGACUUCCAGAAGAUCUUCCCCAUGGGAGAGAGACUGUACAUUGGGCUGGCAGGACUGGCCACUGAUGUCCAGACAGUAUCCCAGAGGCUCAAGUUCAGACUGAACCUGUACGAGCUGAAGGAGGGUCGCCAGAUCAAGCCCAAGACCUUCAUGAGCAUGGUGUCGAACCUGCUGUAUGAGAGGAGGUUUGGUCCAUACUACAUUGAGCCGGUCAUUGCCGGACUAGACCCCAAAACCUUUGAACCUUUCAUCUGCUCCCUGGAUUUGAUCGGCUGCCCCAUGGUGACAGAAGACUUCGUCGUGAGCGGCACCUGCUCCGAGCAGAUGUACGGCAUGUGUGAAUCUUUGUGGGAGCCUGACAUGGAACCUGAGGACCUGUUUGAGACCAUCUCCCAGGCGAUGCUGAAUGCAGUUGACAGGGACGCCGUGUCUGGCAUGGGAGUCGUUGUGCAUGUGAUUGAGAAAGACAAGAUCACCACACGAACUCUGAAGGCCAGGAUGGACUAGAAGCCCAAUUCAUCACUCACACACUUUUUGUAUAAAAGUAAUAAACAACGCUUGUACUCUUUUUUUUCUUAUUCAUAUUGUUCAAUAAAUGAACAUAGGUUUAAACAAUGAA